AUGGAGCGCGACGGCUGUGCGGGGGGCGGGAGCCGCGGCGGCGAGGGCGGGCGCGGCCCCCGGGAGGGCCCGGCGGGGAACGGCCGCGACCCGGGCCGCGUCCGCGCCGCCGAGGCGCCCGGGGAGCCGCUGCUGGCCCCCAUGGACCUGGGGGAGGAGCCGCUGGAGAAGGCGGCGCGCGCCCGCGCGGCCAAGGACCCCAACACCUACAAAGUGCUGUCGCUGGUAUUGUCAGUCUGUGUGUUAACAACAAUCCUUGGUUGUAUAUUUGGGUUGAAACCAAGCUGUGCCAAAGAAGUUAAAAGUUGCAAAGGUCGCUGCUUUGAGAGAACAUUUGGAAACUGUCGCUGCGAUGUUGCUUGCGUUGAGCUUGGAAACUGCUGUCUAGAUUACCAGGAGACGUGUAUAGAACCAGAACGGAUAUGGACUUGCAGCAAAUUCAGGUGUGGUGAGAAAAGGUUGUCCCGAAGCCUCUGCUCCUGUUCGGAUGACUGCAGGGACAAGGGUGACUGCUGCAUCAACCAUGGCUCCGUGUGCCGAGGUGAGAAAAGUUGGGUAGAGGAAACAUGCGAGGGAAUGAAUGAGCCACAGUGUCCAGCAGGGUUUGAAAUGCCUCCUACCCUCUUAUUUUCUUUGGAUGGUUUCAGGGCAGAAUAUUUACACACUUGGGGUGGACUUCUUCCUGUUAUUAGCAAGCUGAAAACCUGUGGAACAUAUACUAAAAACAUGAGACCAGUAUAUCCAACAAAAACUUUCCCCAAUCACUACAGCAUUGUCACAGGACUUUAUCCAGAAUCCCAUGGCAUCAUUGACAAUAAAAUGUAUGAUCCCCAAAUGAAUGCUUUCUUUGCACUUAAAAGUGAAGAGAAAUUUAAUCCUGAGUGGUACAAAGGAGAACCAAUUUGGCUCACAGCUAAAUAUCAAGGCCUGAAGACGGGCACAUUUUUUUGGCCAGGAUCAGAUGUGAAAAUUAAUGGAAUUUUCCCAGACAUCUAUAAAAUAUAUAAUGGUUCAGUACCAUUUGAAGAAAGAAUUUUAGCUGUUCUUAAGUGGCUGCAGCUUCCUAAAGAUGAAAGACCACACUUUUACACUCUGUAUUUAGAAGAACCAGAUUCUUCAGGUCACUCUUAUGGACCAGUCAGCAGCGAAGUCAUCAGAGCUUUGCAGAGGGUUGACAACAUGGUUGGCAUGCUGAUGGAUGGUCUGAAAGAGUUGAACUUGCAUAGAUGUUUGAAUCUCAUCCUUAUCUCAGAUCAUGGCAUGGAACAAGGCAGUUGUAAGAAAUAUGUGUACCUGAAUAAAUAUCUGGGGGAUAUUAAAAAUGUUAAAGUUAUAUAUGGACCUGCAGCUCGCUUGAGACCCUCUGAUGUUCCAGAUAAAUACUAUUCAUUUAAUUAUGAAGGCAUUGCCAAAAAUCUUUCUUGCCGGGAACCAAACCAUCACUUCAAACCUUACUUGAAACAUUUCUUACCCAAGCGUUUACACUUUGCCAGAAGUGACAGGAUUGAGCGCUUGACAUUCUAUUUGGACCCUCAGUGGCAACUUGCAUUGAAUCCUUCAGAAAGAAAAUAUUGUGGAGGUGGAUUUCAUGGCUCUGACAAUGCAUUUUCAAAUAUGCAAGCCCUCUUUAUUGGCUAUGGACCUGGAUUCAAGCAUGGCAUUGAAGUUGACUCCUUUGAAAAUAUUGAAGUCUAUAACUUAAUGUGUGAUUUACUGAAUUUGACACCAGCUCCUAAUAAUGGAACUCAUGGAAGCCUUAACCAUCUUCUAAAGAAUCCUGUUUAUACCCCAAAGCAUCCCAAAGAAGUCCGCUCCCUGGUCCAGUGCCCCUUCACAAGAGCCCCCAGGGAGGACCUCGACUGCUCAUGUGAUCCCUCCAUUUUGCCAAUUGUGGAUUUUCAGACACAGUUGAAUCUGACGACGGCAGAAGAGAAGGCCAUUAAACGUGGCACUCUACUCUAUGGAAGACCCAGAGUUCUCCAGAAGAACAGCACUGUCUGUCUGCUUUACCAGCACCAGUUUGUGAGUGGUUACAGCCAUGACCUCCUGAUGCCCCUUUGGACAUCCUACACCAUCGACAGAAAUGACAGUUUCUCUACAGAAGACUUUUCCAACUGUCUUUACCAGGAUCUCCGAAUUCCUCUUAGUCCUGUCCAUAAAUGUUCGUUUUAUAAAAAUAACGCUAAACUGAGUUAUGGGUUCCUCUCCCCACCACAAUUAAAUAAAGGUUCAAGUCGAGUAUAUUCUGAAGCAUUGCUUACUACUAAUAUAGUGCCCAUGUACCAGAGUUUUCAAGUUAUAUGGCAGUACUUUCAUGGCACCCUAUUGCAAAGGUAUGCUGAAGAGAGAAAUGGUCUCAAUGUUGUCAGCGGUCCCGUGUUUGAUUCUGAUUAUGAUGGAUGUUAUGAUUCCUUGGAGACUCUGAAGCAAAACAGCAGACUCAUCCGUAAUCAGGAAAUUCUAAUUCCAACUCACUUCUUCAUUGUGCUAACAAGUUGUAAAAAUACAUCCCAGACUCCCUCUCAGUGUGAAAAUCUAGAUACCUUGGCUUUCAUUUUGCCUCAUAGGACUGAUAACAGUGAGAGCUGUGCACACGGGAAGCAUGAAUCCUUAUGGGUUGAAGAGUUGUUGAGGCUACACAGAGCUCGGAUCACAGAUGUCGAACACAUCACCGGACUCAGCUUCUAUCAUGAAAGGAAAGAGCCAAUUUCAGACAUUUUAAAGCUGAAAACAUAUUUGCCAACAUUUAACCAAGAAGACUGAUAUUUUUUAUUCCAAAAACAUGCCGUAAAUCUUUUUGAAAGAACCUUCUGUUUUAUACAUCUUCUAUUUACACUAUUGCAUUGUUUGGAGACUGUCGACCAGAGUUAGAACUGGGAAUCCUUUGUGAUACACAGCCAUCUCAGGGAAACUUGUGGCCUCUGCAUAACAGUAGGAAAGUGUUCCUAUUGAGUCUCAUACAUGUUUGAAUGUGUAAGAAUUGUUCAGAUUUGGGAAUAAAGACAGAUCAUACCUAAAA